ACCAUUAAAUGAAGAACAAGUCUGUCUGUCAGCAUUUUGAAAAAUAAAACCUGAAUUUUCGUCUGAUUAGGAUUUUCGAGUGAUUAUUCUUUGAUUCUAUACCAAAAUACUUCAUAUUAAAGUAGUGUUUUAAAAUGUUCAAAAUUCUGGCUUUGAGGAUAACAUAUUUGCCCCUUUUACUGUUAGUGAAUCUGUUGAACCUUUGACUGUUCUACAUCUGUUUAGUAAUUAUUAUUGAUUCAUGUUUAUGCGACUAUAAAAAAGACACAUAGAUCUUUAAUUGUUUCAGUCUAUGUGAUUGUCCACAGCUCACAAAUGGAAGAAGUAGUGGCGGCCUUGUUCAAGGUUGGAAUCGUUGCCUAUGGGCCAGCCAGUCUCCUGUAUGCUGUGGGUUCAUUUACGGACAACUGGCUUGAAUUUCAGUAUGAGGGACUGGCAAAGACAUAUUCUGCUGGCUUGUUUAAGGAAUGUUUUCGCAAGAGCACCAAACACGAGGAUGCUGAGACAAAUCAUGGCACUGAAGAGGGAAAUUUUUUCAUUGACUGUGAACGUUACGAGAACAAUGGUGUACCAGGGUACAUCCACGAGACUCGUUGUUUAAUGGUUCUUGGGAUGAUCUGCUUGUUUACUGCUCUUGUGAUGGGUUUCAAGUUCCUGAGGGGCAGAAACUGUCGAAUCGGUUGCAUCGUGUUUACUCUUACCAAAGCUUGUGUAGUCAGCUGUUGUGGAGUCGGAUUUGGACACAUAGGUUUAAAUUAUUACCUUAAUGGGUACCCGAAGAAGCGAUACCCUGAAGCCACAACAGGCUGGUCUUACCGCACAGUUCUGACCUCAUUACACAUGGCAGUUAUAUGUGCUGGGCUUAUCAUGCUACCUCGGGUAUAUGGGCAAGUAUCAAAGCUUUUAGGCAUAAAGCCACUCAGGGUUCUUGAUCCAGGUUCACUGGAGGAUGCUGAAAGCAAUGAUUCUGAUCCUGAAGCAGUAGACAGGCCCAGUGAUAGAGUGGGAGAUAGGCCUGGUGACAGAGCAGUUUUGAGUGUUGUUGAUGAAAAUGUAGAAGACCCAGUGGACAGAGAAGAAAGAGCUUUGAGAGAAGCAGAAGAGAGCCCCCGCAGUUUUCCCACAGCACGUUCACUUCAUCCGAUCUAUUUAAAUGACAUAGAUCCCAACGCCAUCACAGACGGGAUGAAUGAACUCAGAGCUUAUGUACAAGAGCUCGAAGAUGAUGAGUCUGAAUAUCACACAGCAGGAAGUUCCAGCUCUGACUCUAAUGCCAACCGUGUUAAUGCAGCUCCACACUCUGAUGAAACUGACCCCCCUCCAGCUUACCAUCUAGUACAGGAUUCAAACCUUUCACCCCAACUACGCCAUGACAACGCAACCUCCUCACCCCAAGAGCACAAUGACAGCUCUACACCGCCAUCAUACGAGGAUGUCAUCAGAGGUCUUUACACCACAUAUUCUGUUAUACCUGCUACAGCGCCUGGGCCAUCCACUACCACCGCGUCUAUGCCUUCUGAUACUUCAGCUUCUUCUGAAACAAUUAGCUGAAAAACAGCAAGCGUUAUGAUGACAUCUACCAGUACGGAUCUUGCCCGCUCUUCAGUCCUGGCUAAGACGUCAUCUGCCCAGGAGGAGGGGAAGCACUGCCUCUUCUAGUGAGUCACAACAAGACUCAGAGGUUGUGUCUGUGUCAGCUUUGUCGGAGAGCACAACACCAACAGUUUCUGAGCCGUCUACUACCUCCAUGUCUCUGCCUUCUAAUCCUUAGGCUUCUUCUGAAACAAUUAAUGAAGAACAGCGAGCAUUAAGACAACAUCUACCAGUGCGGAUCUUGACCUCUCUUUGGGUCUGGCUGCCCAGUGAUGUGUCUAGCUGGAGGGAAGGAGGAGCUGUCACUUCUCCUGGUGUGCCACUACUAGUCCCAGAAUCUGCAUCUCCGUCCAGGAACACAACAUAUGGACGGGCCUCAAAACCAAGUUGCUUGUCUCGAGUGCAGCAACCCCCAGUCUCUCUUGCAGACCUACCACCAUCAAAUGAUGAAGUAAUGCACUCCUAACGUUUUAAUUCCCUUUGCAAUCGUAUCAUUCAGAAAUGUUUCAUUGAUCUGUGAAAGUUAAUAUAUUUUUGUAUAUUAUACAAUCUGCCUUAAGAAAUAAUAUUUGAAGAAGGCUGAUUGACCCUGGAAGCAUUUUCAGAUAUCCAGAAAGACAUUGAGUGAAAAUUCGGUGUGUUUCUUAGAGACCAGUAUCAAAAUGCCUUCUGAACUGUGAAAAUUGCCAGUUGUUCUGCUUUUUGUAAGUGAUCAUGCUACAAUAUAAAAGUAGCUAUUGAUGAACAUGCUCCAAGCUAUGCGUAGUAAAAAUGAACCAGUUGCAGGUAACAAGAAUGGAGUCUCUUUACAUUUUCGUUUACUGGUGAGCUUCAUGAUACAAAUAUAAUUCAUGAUUACAUUGGUACCAUAUUUUCUUAACUUUUCAACUUUUGUCUUUAAAUGUACUCUCUCUCUCUCUCUCUCUCUCUCUCUCUCUCUCUCUCUCUCUCUCUC